AUGUCCGACAUAGAAAAAGGGUCCCACGACAAGGAGACCCAUGUCGCCGCCGCGGCCCCUCCUCCCGCCUAUGAGGCCGGCGUUGCCGAGGACCUCCCACGGGAGGACUUCAUGACGCGAAAUGGUCUCAACCUCAACUCCUUCAAGCCUCGCCGGUAUCAUCCCGGCGACGGCACCGAGAUCGAGCGCACCAUGAAGUCCCGCCACUUGCACAUGAUUGCCAUCGGCGGCUCCAUCGGUGCUGGUUUCUUCGUCGGUUCCGGCAAGGCCCUGCACAACGGCGGCCCUGCUUCGCUCCUUAUCGAUUUCAUGAUCAUCGGUGUCAUGAUGUUCAACGUCGUCUACGCCCUUGGCGAGCUCGCUGUCAUGUUCCCUGUUACCGGUGGUUUCUAUACCUACUCUACUCGCUUCAUCGAUCCUUCCUGGGGUUUUGCCAUGGGUUGGAACUACGUCUUCCAGUGGGCUAUUGUUUUGCCUCUUGAACUUACUGUCUGUGGCUUUACGGUCGGGUAUUGGAAUCAGGAUAUAAACGUCGCCGUCUGGAUCACAAUCUUCCUAGUCGCCAUCAUCAUAAUCAACGUCUGGGGCACUCUCGGCUACGCUGAAGAAGAAUUCUGGGCAUCAGCAUUCAAGCUUGGCGCCACCGUCGUCUUCCUGAUCAUCUGCCUCGUCAUGCUGUGGUACAGCCCCGGUGCCUUCGCCAACGGUUUCCGUGGUUUCUGCUCCUGCUUCGUCACCGCGGCCUUCGCCUUCUCCGGAACCGAGCUCGUCGGUCUCGCCGCCGCUGAGGCCAAGAACCCCGUCAAGUCCCUGCCCGGAGCCAUCAAGCAGGUCUUCUGGCGUAUCACCCUUUUCUACAUCCUCGGUCUCUUCUUCGUCGGCCUGCUCAUCCCCUACGACGAUGACAACCUUUUGGGCGCUAACCCCUUCAUCAACGUCAACGCUUCCCCCUUCGUUUUGGUCGGCAAGUACGCCAACCUGACCGGUUUCGACUCCUUCAUGAACGUCGUCAUUCUCGUAUCCGUCCUGUCGCUCGGCGUCUCCUGCGUCUACGGCGGUUCGCGCACCUUGACUGCCCUUGCUCAGCAGGGCUACGCCCCCAAGGUCUUCACCUACGUCGAUCGCUCCAACCGCCCGCUGUUCUCCGUGCUGGCUAUUAUUGCCUUUGGUCCCCUUGCGUACGUCAACUUGGCGGCUGCUGGCCCGACCAUCUUUGACUGGCUGCUUUCGCUUUCCGGUCUCGCGGCGCUGUUCACCUGGGGAUCGAUUUGCUUGAGCCAUAUCCGCUUCCGCCAGGCGUGGGCGCUCAAGGGCCACACCUUGGAUGAGAUUCCGUUCCAGGCCGCUGGUGGCGUGUGGGGAUCGUGGUUGGGCUUGGCGCUGGUUGUUUUGGUGUUGAUUGCUCAGUUCUACGUAGCCAUCUGCCCCGUCGGCGGCGGCUUCAACGACGUCGAGGGCUUCUUCAUUCAGUACCUCGCCCUCCCCGUUGUCAUCGUCUUCUGGAUCGGCGGCUUCAUCUGGAAGCGCGGCAAGUGGUUGACGGUUGACAACAUCGAUGUUGACACCGGCCGUCGCGAGCACGACUGGGACACCAUCAAUGCUUACAAGGCCCAGCUGGCCACUUGGCCUGUCUGGAGGAGGUGGUUCCAUAAGUUGUUUGUCUAA